AGCUCGGCUCUGAAAAGCAAAGUAUUACAACCACAAGAACGAGGCGCAGUGCUAAGAGACUGAAAACUGGUUCCGAGAAGACGACGAAAGCGCAACAUUCGAAUUUACAAAAAUACUCCGUCGUUUCUGAAGGUUUGCUGCGAGUUACGAAAGAAAUGAACAGAAAGCUAUUGUUUCCAAUUCUGUCCACGUGCUCCAUCAUUUCCACGUAUCUUGUAUGGAAUUUCAGUCUCAACAAUGACAAUUUUAAACAAUUAAUCAAAACACACUUUACAUACUUGGUUGAUUCAGAAACGUGUCGGAUUCCCAAUAUCGACCCAUUCGACAUUUCCGUACGUAAAUAUAUCUCGAUACGUAAAUGGCGACCGUGUCCGGGAGGUUCUUCUUUGACGUACCAAGAGGAUAAUACGUUGAAAAUUAAUAAAUCUGUUAUCAAACAACACUAUGAAAACAAUUUUCAUUCAUGCAAAAUAUAUCCAAUUGUGCGGAAUGAUGUUGACGAUGAUCAUAUCGACUACCUGAAAGAGUCGUUACAGUUUAAAACAGACGUGAAUAUAUCGCAUGAAUUUAUAAAAGUUCAAUGUUUUAAUAGAGAUAACAAAACAAUUUACACGAAUUUCCAUGCCUUUGUCCAGAGGAAGGAAUUACUGCACAAAAAUAGAUCAAGGAAUACACAUGACAAUGUCAAUAGCUCUUCAAAAAACAUUCAUUUUACAAAUUUUGUCGAUAAAGAAAACAAGCUUUUGCUAAAUGUUCUUUUAAUAGGAAUUGAUUCAGUUUCGCGAUUGAACUUCAUACGACAAAUGCCUCUAACUCGUCAGUUUUUAUUAAACCAUGGUGCUGUCGAAAUGUUUGGUUAUAAUAAAGUGGCUGAUAAUACAUUUCCUAAUAUGGUGCCGUUCCUUACUGGUAAAUACGUAGAAGAACUACCUGGAUCAGAGAAUCUGAAAUCGAAACCAUUCGAUGAAUACGAUAUAAUUUGGAAACACUAUAAAAAAUCUGGUUACGUUACUAUGUUUGCAGAAGAUUCAACAUCGGGCGCAAUGUUUAACUAUUUGAGAUACGGCUUUAUGAAACAACCGACUGAUCAUUAUUUCAGACCUUUUGCGCUAGAAAGAGAGAAACAAAGUUCCUUUUGGUCAAAUAAUGGGUUUUGUUUUGGUAAUCGGAUGGAACCAGCUAUUGAGUUACAGUAUACAUACGAUUUUAUGAAAGUCUAUAAAGAUAAGCCAUAUUUCAUUUUAACGUUCAUUACACGCAUUUCACAUGAUGACAUGAAUGACGCUGGGCGGGGAGAUUUUGAAUAUCUGAGGUUCCUUGAGAAAUCAUUUAGUCAAGAUCUACUAAACAAUACUAUUUUGCUUUUCUUUUCUGAUCACGGAAUUAGAUUUGGUUCAUUUCGUAAGACUUAUGUUGGUCGACUGGAAGAACGGCUUCCUGCUAUGUAUGUACUUCCGCCCGAAUGGUUCAGAGAUGGAUUUCCUACUUUAUGGAAUAAUCUUAAAGCAAACAGCUACCGAUUGACGACACAAUUCGACAUAUAUGAAACCCUACAAGAUAUCUUAGAGAUCGAAAAAGCAGCAGAACAUUCUAAAUCUAAUGAGAUCGACUAUAGAAAUCUAAAACGCAUCAGCCUCUUCAAAAAGAUACCUUUAAAUCGUUCGUGUGAAACAGCACGAAUUAAACCACAUUGGUGUACAUGCCAUGUCUUUACCUCAGUUACUGUUAAUGACAACAUUGUAAUUAACAUAGCUAAUUAUGUCGUGUUUUAUAUAAACAAUAUGACAUCAAAUUCUAGUGAAUUGUGUGUCAGGUUAAAAUUACAGAAAAUUAAAGGUGCUGAAAUUUCAGUGAUGAAUGACAAGGUACUGUCUUACCUUGGUCAAGGAGAACAGACUCAUAAAGAUUACCGAAUUGUAAUACAAACACAUCCCGGGGAAGGUUUAUUUGAAUGUUCAGUAAGAUACUACUGUGGCAAUAAGCAGUUAUCAUUGAUGGGAGAGAUUAGUCGAAUAAACCGUUAUGGAAAUCAGUCAGAUUGUAUUCAUGACAACCUCUUGAGAAAAUAUUGCUACUGUAACAAAUAGCAUCCUCCUUGGGUCUUUUCGGUUUGAACGGCAGUUUUUUCUAGCGGUGUCAUAUGAAAUUGUCACCCAUAAUUAUGACCCUAGUAUCGAUCUA